GGCUUUUCAGUUCCGCCUUCUCUUGACAGAAUCGAGUCUGUGCUGAUGGAAGUCAUAUUCAUUGCACCUCUCCAUAAACUCUUCACCCAUUUUCGGUUCUUGCUCACUCUGCGAUCUCAAGAAGGAAAAUAUCACAGUCUCAUUCUCUUCCGUUUGACACCUUUUCGUGCACAUCCAUGCAAUGAUGAUCAUAGUGAGACAAAAAUAGACGAGGAAUCAACUCUAGGUCCAAAAUUACGGGCAGCAUAUCACCAGCUGUAUGUCAUGGAAUCAGCAUGCCCUCAUCUUGGUGCUGAGAUGACCCAUGCGGAUAUAGAAGAAUAUGAGGAUACGGUGAUAGCAGUUUGUCCGUGGCACAGAUAUGACUUCGACUUGAAGACUGGGAAAAGCGAAACAGGAUUGAGAACGUGCACUUAUCCGGUAGAAGUUCGUGUGGAGGAUCGUGUGGAGAAGGUGUAUAUCGAAGGACCCUCAGAUGGAUCAGGCUGGAGAGUGGUAGAAUUGCGACCGGUUUCUGAAGAGUUCGCUGAUCCGCCAUCGCAACAAACCUCGAAGGAUGCAAGUGAGCAGCAAGUGAACGACGAAGCGACUGUCUCGAGAGAAAAUGAACCCACCAUACCUCUGGUUGACCCUCCGAAGACUCUCAUGGAAUGGGCUGUCCUUAUUUUGAACACUCCAAACCCUGUCUUGAAGGUCGAACGGACAAAACAUGCAGUUCACGCGUUCCGUACCGGGAAACUAACAUCAAUCGGAAAUAAAUCUUCAAAAGCGCCUCGUCCACCAGACGUACCUCCACGAGAGGAGGACUUCAAAAAGAACAUCGUAAAUCCAGGCAAAGUCAAGAAACGCCGAAAUCGAGCAGCCAUGUUACACGCCUUGGCGAAUAUCGAGCAGUGGGCUAUUGACCUCGCAUGGGAUAUUAUCGCACGUUUCGGACCUAUGCACAAAGAUCUCCCUGCUGCGUUUUUCUCCGACUUUACCAAGAUGGCUCUAGACGAAUCGAAACACUUUUCGCUCCUCGUAUCCCGCCUGGCGUCGCUUAAUACACCAUACGGUUCUCUUCCGACCCAUGCGUCUCUCUGGGAAUCCGCCACUGCCACGUCCCAGUCAUUUCGCGCCAGGUUAUCUAUAAUACACCUAGUGCACGAAGCGAGAGGGUUAGAUGUCAAUCCUACAACUAUUGACAAAUUCAGGAAAGCUGGAGAUAAGGAAAGCGUCAAGGCUAUGGAAAUAAUACAUGCAGAUGAGGUGACGCAUGUGACAGCGGGACACCGGUGGUUUUGUUGGGCUUGUGAGAAGGGGUAUGGAGGUGGGAUUGAACCAGGAGUGCCUGUAGAUCCUGUGAAGACGUUUCGGGAAGAGGUGAAGAGAUAUUGGAAGGGAGAGAUCAAAGGACCUUUCAACGUUGCGGAUCGGGAGAAGGCAGGGUUGGCCCCAGAUUUCUAUGAGGAUUUGAGGGGCGAUGUGGAACUAGAGCUCGAGCCGCCAGAGGUAACGGAGGCUGAGAUUCCAGUCGCGUACGAAACGAAAUAGGAUUGCUGAACUGGAGCUCGUCGUGAAGAACGAUACGACUAGACUUCUAUGAGGAGUCGGAGCUGAAGUUUGUAAACCAUCGAACUAUUGUUUGCAAUAAGAAUACAAUCAGGGACAAAACGCCUUCGUUGGAACAAA